AUGUUCAUGGAAGUAGAUUUAAGAGAACCAGAGGGCUGCACUGAUGAUGACAAUGGCUGCAUUGAUGGCAAGGGCUCCGCAGAUGAAAAGGGCUGCAAUGAUGAUGCCAAAAGCCACCAAGAUAACAAGUGCUGCAGAGAUAACAAGUUCGGCAUUGAUGACAAGGGCUGCAAUGAUGAUAAAGGCUUCACAGAUGACAAGGGCUACACUGAUAACAAGGGCUGCACUGAUGACAAAGGCCGCAUCGAUGACAAGGGCUGCCCUAAUGAAAAGGCCUGCUGCGCAGAUGACAAGGGAUGCACAGAUGACACGGGAUGCGCAGAUGACAAAGGCUGCGCAGAUGACAAAGGUUGCGCAGAUGAUAAGGAAUGCACAGAUGUCAAGGGAUGCACAGAUGACACGGGCUGCACAGAUGACAAAGGCUGUGUAGAUAACAAAGGCUGCGCAAAUGACAAAGGCUGCGAGGAUGGUAAGAGCUGCGCAGAUAACAAAGGCUGCGAAGAUGACAAAGGCUGCGCAGAUGACAAAGGCUGUGUAGAUGACAAAGUUUGCGCAGAUGACAAAGGCUGCGCAGAUGACAAAUGCUGCGCAGAUAACAAAGGCUGUGUAGAUGACAAAGGCUGCAAAGAUGACAAGGAAUGCACAGUUGUCACAGGCUGUUCAGAUGACACGGACUUUGCAGAUGACAAAGGCUACGCAGAUGACAAAGGCUGCGUAGAUGACAAGGGUCGCACAGAUGACACGUGCUGUGCAGAUGACAAGGGUUGCGCAGAUGACACGGGUCUCAAAGAUGACAAGGGAUGCACAUAUGACACAAUGACACGGGCUGCGCACACGACACGGGCUUCGCAGAUUAUAAAGGCUGUGCAGAUGACAAAGGCUGCGCAGAUGAUACGGAAUUCAAAGAUGACAUGGGCUGCGCACAUGACUCGGGCUGCGCAGAUGACAAAGGCAGUGCAGAUGAAAAAGGCUGUUCAGAUGAAAAAGGCAAAUGGCAAGGCAUGCACAGAUGACAUGGACUGUGCAGAUGAAAAGGGUUGCGAAGAUGACAAAGGCUGCGCUGAAGACAAGGAAUGCACAGAUGACACGGGCUGUACAGAUGACACGGACUGUACAGAUGACAAGGGCUGUGCGGAUGACAAGGAAUUCUCAGAUGACAGGGGCUGUGCAGAUGACAUAGGCUGUGCAGAUGACUCGGGCUGUGCAGAUGACAGAGGCUGCGCAGAUGACAAAGGCUUCGCAGAAGACAAUGAAUGCACAGACGAUACGGGCUGCGCAGAUGACAAAGGCUAUGCAGAUGGCAAAGGCUGCUCAGAUGAUAGGAAAAGCACGGAUGACACAGGCUGCGCAGAUGGCACGGGCUGGGGAUGCAUAGAUGACACGGGCUGCGCAUAUGACAAGGGUCUCACAGAUGACAAGAGCUGUGCAGAUGACAAGGAAUGCACAUAUGACAAGGGAUGCACUGACGACAAUAUAUGUACAAUUUACAAAGGCUUUGCAGAUUACAAGGGCUGUGCAGAUGCCAAGGGCUGCGCAGAUGACAAGGGUGUCACAGAUGACAAUAGCUGCGCAGAUGACAAGUGCUUCAAAAAUGACUAUUGCUGCACAUAUGACAAGGGCUGCGCUGACGACAACGGGUGCACAAAUGCCAAUGGCUGCACGGACGACCAUGGAUGCACAAAUGACAAGGGCUGCACACAUGGCAAUGGCUGCAAUCAUGAAAAGGGCUGCAAUCAUGACAAGAACCUCACUGAUGAAAAUGGCUGCACUGAUGACAAGGGCUGCACAGUUGACAAGGGCCCAACUUAUGACAGGGUAUGUGCAGAUGACAAGGGCUGCAAUGAUGACGCCAAUGGGCUUCAGAGGAUUGCAUGA